UGCAAAUUUUUAGCGACCCCUGCACCUGACUCUCCACUCCACUGAAGAAUGCAAGGCAAAAGACAGCCUCCAAGAGCUAUUUAUUCAACAGGUCAUCCUACUAGCACUCACUUGUUACAUUAUUGCGGCGCUGCAGACUCAUCAAUAACUCAGAGCUAUAUGAUAAAGAUGCCAAGGUCGUUUCUGGUGAAGAAACAUCUCACUCAUAAGAAGCCAAACUAUGGAAUUCUGGAUUCAAAAGCAGACGAUCUCUACACCAGCCUGGUCCAGCCUGGGGUAGCCUGUUACAUCCCCAGCACUCCUCAGCCCCUGGAGGGUUGGCUGCCAGGGCCAAGUCUCAUCCCCACACCAGCCUCCAUGCACUUUCCACAGGUAGACAGGCUGCCUUCAAGGGACACCAGCUUGUCACUGCAUAGCUCAACACAGGAAAUCCUCUACCCCCUGUCAGUGUCUCACAACAAUCUGCUAAGAGACUCACACUCCGGACUUGAGCCCCUGGGAACCAUGGAACCCCAGACCUUCCUGCUCUCACAGGACUUCAGACACCUGGAGGAGAGGGGCAGCAUGCCUAAUCCCCUCAUGGGCCUUGUUCACUCUAGUGUUAGUCAGGAGCGCUUUGAAUGCUUCGACUGCCACAAAGCCUACUUCACCUUCUCUGGGCUGGCCAAGCACAGGCAGUUGCACUGUGAGUGGCAGUGUCACAAGUACUUCAGCUGCAAGUACUGUGACAAGGAGUACGUGAGUCUGGGAGCUCUGAAGAUGCACAUCCGAACACACACACUGCCCUGCGUCUGCAAGCUCUGUGGGAAGGCCUUCUCCAGGCCUUGGCUGCUCCAGGGACACAUUCGCACACAUACAGGUGAGAAGCCCUUCUCCUGCCCACACUGCAGCCGGGCGUUUGCUGACCGCUCCAACCUCCGAGCACACCUGCAGACACACUCUGACAUCAAGAAAUACCAGUGCAAGAGCUGCUCCAAAACCUUCUCCAGGAUAUCUCUGCUCUCCAAGCAUGAAGAGUCUGGCUGCUGCCCACAGUCCUGAUGCCAUUUACUGCCUGUGCUGCCCACUCUGAACCUGUUGCCUACUUGCCUAGGCUACGCCUGGUUCUACUAACAUCAGACUUCUGUGUCCUCACAACGCACUGGAGAAAGACUGCUAUUAGUGACACGGAGCUCUGACUACUGUAUGUUUUUGGUCUCUGACAUUUCAAGCUCAUGAAAUAAGCACAAUGGACUGUGUCCAAAGACGUUCUUAUGUCAUAUAUUUGAUAUAUGAAGUAGUUGUUUGACAAAAAAAAAGAGAAAAGUUAUCGCAUGCUGCCAAAAAUACUUGAAAUGUAAAAGCCUUGACGUUUUUGAUUGUGUUAUUGAUGAUUACCUGUGCCUUUUGAGGAAAUGUAUAGCGGGAGUAUACAAUUUUGUAUGAACUUUGUUUGUUUAAAAACAAUAAAUACCUACUUUUGUACAAUAUGCCUAAAUAU